AUGGCGCCUGUCCCGGCCUUGAGCGUCUCUCAGGAACGAGGUGGUAGUGAAAAGAUAAACAUGGAAGCGUGGAGUCAGACCGCGCUUUGCACCUCGCAGCCGCGGUUUCCGGCCUCCGCCACCUCAGGGACUGGCAGCCUCAGGGCCGCUGCGGAGCGGGUAGUCGCGGAAGGCAUGGCCGCCGAGGGGAUGUUGGAGCUCAGAGCCCGGGGCAAACCAACCAGCCCAGGCUGUGGUCAGAAAAAUAAUGGGAGUGUGACAGCCAUCCAGAGUUCCGUAAUACCCGUCACCCAGGCUCUGAAUGUCACUCUGAGCAGAGAAGGACGUUUUGGGGAAAAACACUGGAAUGUGGCCAGCAGCUUUGGGCCCAGAAGUCCCGUUAACGUCUCCGUCGAUGGAUUUCCCUGCAUUCUGUUCUGGGCCAGAAGAAUCACAGUGAAAUUUAAGAACCAGACCUGGCUGGAGUUUGCCAGUGACACCUUUGGCCAGAAGGUGAUGGUGGACAGCAGUAACUCUAACUGCAGCGAGCAAAGUGCCACGUUGUCUCUGAAGCUGGGAGAUGCUGAAAGUCUCACAAGCCUUGCCAUAAGAUUCGUCCUUACCAGUGACAACAAAGUGCCCAUCCAGAGUUGGUUUAGUUUGUACCAAGUCCAGAUUAUUUUCAACAAUUCAGUCCAUGCAACGUUCAAUGCAACUGGCAUAUACGCCCCGAGGAGUUACUCGUACCACUGCCACCUGGUCAGCAGCCUGCAGGGGGCCGAUGCGCUGCUGCUGCCCAGAGACCCCGGGCACGUGCCCAGCCUGUGGGAGGUUGCUUUCACUGAUUUCCAGAUCCAGGCCUUCGGCAUCCAGGGCGCGCAGUUUGCCAAGGCCCGAGACUGCGCCCCUUCCUUCUCGCCCGCCGUUCUCAUGGGCCUGGCCACGUCCCUGAUCCUGCUGCUCGUGCUGGCCUACGCCGUGCACAUGCUGGCCUACCUGCGUGCUCUGGACCGGCACUACGAGUGCCUCGCCUCCCCUGCCCGCUUCCCACUGCCCAACGCUUGCGAAGCCUCAGAAGAGAAGGAGCUGCUCCAGGGCCAGGACGCCGAGUGCUAUGAACUGAGGAGCCGCGAUGCCUAUGAUUAGCAGCCCAGGCCCU